GUGCCAGACCUGACAGACAACAUUCUUUAAUAAACAAAAGCUUAGAAUAUAUUCUCACAAGGUGAAACUCACAGUCAGUUUGACUGGAGAAAUGGAGCAACGUCUUAUGGACCAGGAGACAUUCUCUUGUUCGAUCUGCCUGGAUCUAUUGAGUAAUCCAGUGACUACUUCCUGUGGACACAGCUACUGUUUCACCUGCAUUAAGACUCACUGGGAUCAAGAGGAUCAGAGAGGAAUCCACAGCUGCCCUCAGUGCAGAAGGACUUUUAAACCAAGACCUGACCUGUGUAAAAACACCAUCCUGUCAGCUUUAGUGGAGCAACUAAAGAAGACUGGACCCCAAGCUGCUCCUGCUGAUCACCGUUAUACUGGACAUGAAGAUGUGGCCUGUGAUUUCUGCACUGGGAGAAAACUGAAAGCCAUCAAGUCCUGUUUAGUCUGUCUGGCCUCUUACUGUGAGAAACACCUUCAGCCUCAUUAUGAUGUGGCUCCUUUAAAGAAACACAAGCUGGUGGAGCCGUCCAAGAACCUCCAGGAGAACAUCUGCUCUAAGCAUGGUGAGGUGAUGAAGAUGUUCUGCCGCACUGAUCAGAAGCGUAUCUGUAGUCUCUGUUUACUAGAUGAACAUAAAGGCCACAACAUAAUUUCAGCUGCAGCAGAAAGGACUGAGAGGCAGAGAGAGCUGGAGGAGAGACGAGGAAACAUCCAGCAGAGAAUCCAGGACAGAGAGAAAGAUGUGAAGCUGCUUCAACAGGAGGUGGAGGCCAUCAAUCACUCUGCUGAUAAAACAGUGGAGGACAGUGAGAAGAUCUUCACUGAGCUGAUCCGUCUCCUCCAGAAAAGAAGAUCUGAUGUGAAGCAGCAGAUCAGAUCCCAGCAGGAAACUGAAGUGAGUCGAGUCAAAGAUGUUCAGGAGAAGCUGGAGCAGGAGAUCACUGAGCUGAAGAGGAAACAUGCUGAGCUGGAGCAGCUCUCACACACAGAGGAUCACAACCAGUUUCUCCUCAACUACCCCUCACUGCCAGCACUCAGUGAGUCUACACACUCAUCCAGCAUCAACAUCCGUCCUCUGAGACACUUUGAGGACGUGACAGCAGCUGUGUCAGAGCUCAGAGAGAAACUACAGGACGUCCUGAGAGACUCAUGGAUAAACAUCUCACUGAUGGUCACUGAGGUGGAUGUUCUACUGUCAGAACCAGAACCAAAGAGCAGAGCUGAAUUCCUAAAAUAUUCACAUGAAAUCACUCUGGACCCAAACACAGCACAUAUACAACUGUUACUAUCAGAGGGAAGUAGAAAGGCAACAGUGAUGGAUGAACAUCAGUCUUAUUUUAGUCACCUUAACAGAUUCAGUGAAUAUACUCAGGUUCUGAGUAGAGAGAGUCUGACUGGACGUUGUUACUGGGAGGUGGAGAGAAGAGGGAGAGUUUAUGUAGCAGUUGCAUACAACAAUAUUAGCAGAGAAGGAGAUGACAGUAUAUUUGGAUGUAAUGACAAAUCUUGGGCAUUAGACUGUUACCAAAACAAUAUCUUCUGGUAUAACAACAUCUCAACCUCCGUCUCAGGUCCAGUUUCCUCCAGAGUGGGAGUUUACCUGGAUCACAGAGCAGGUAUUCUGUCCUUCUACAGCGUCUCUGAAACCAUGACUCUGAUCCACAGAGUCCAGACCACAUUCACUCAGCCGCUACACGCUGGAGUUUGCAUUAGCUGUAAAACUGGAGAUUCUGCAGAGUUCUGUAAACUUAAAUAAACAAAAUUCAGUUAAAGUUCAAUUGGUUAUUUUUCUUUUUUGCAAGCUUUUAUUUAAAACCAUUAAUUUAUGUCUAGACCUAAAAAAGAUAAUCUUCAAAAAUGUUCACUACUUUCUUUUCACCACAGCUUUUUCUGAUUUGUUGCUUUUAAUAGGAAGACUUUUAAAUGAAAUGUAAAAUUAUUCCUGAGGUUGUUAAUGUGAAACCAUUUUGUUUUUUGUCAUGUUCUUGUUCGCGUACCGAGACGCAUGAGACAACAGAUAUCAUCUCUUUGUGAACUUGAGCUGAUUUAAUGUCUUGUUGAUUCACUUUCAGUUCUGUUGGGAAUGAUUGUAAAGUUUGAAUCCAAAUCUAUUUUAAUGUUGUCUCUCAUUAUAAUGUCUGUUUUUACCUUCCUGUUCUGAUCUGUCUUAAUGAUUCUCUAGUGGCUACACUGCCACCUACUGGAAGAUUGUGUUGUUGCAUCACAUGUUCAUCACUUUCUGAAUGAAUAGAAUCAAAUUAUUCAUAUGUUGUUUUUUAAUAGUUUGUGGUAAAUAAUAAAAAUUAUUUUUUUCAAGUA